CCCCUUGACAAAUGGGGUGAAUUCAAAAUGGCGAGAGUGAGAAAGUCUUCGGUAGUGUUGCGUUUGGCACUUUAUGGUUGUCCAAACAGACCUUUCUUUCAUAUUGUUGCUGGUAAAAGAAGAGCAGCAAGAAAUAGAUAUAUUUACGAGCAGCUUGGUGUAUAUGAUCCAAUGCCAAAUGAACAUAACGAAAAAGUCAUUAGUCUUAAUGUUGAUAGGAUAAAAUAUUGGUUGGCCCAUGGAGCUGAACCUAAGAAAUCUGUAGCCGUUCUUCUUGGUUUGGCCGGUAUUCUUCCAAUCCAUCCAUAUAGCAUUGAAGUUGCUAGACGUACUCACAAGAAUACUAGUGAACACAAUGAUACGCAAGGGGAUAGUGAUGAAACAGGAUGCAAAGAAGAGAGUUAAUAUGUUUAAAGAGAAAGUCUGUAUAUAUUUAAACAAGUAUGUGGGUAAAGGGACGAUAUCAAAAGAUAGAAGACCACUCAUAUUGAAGCAAUGUGCUUAACAGUGGUAAAUGAAGAGAUAGUUGACUAAUGGAUUUAUUUAAAUUUAAAAAUGCCUCAUUAACAAUUGAUCAUAUUUUGUUCCCAAAAUAUUUUUAGCCUUCCAUUA